GGUUGUCGGGAUGUAAGGAGGAAUGGCGACGGUCGAGACGGUUUUGGAGGCCAGAGUCGACCUGAAUGUGACCAAACAGAAGCCGAACUCAGAUUACAAUCCAUUUUCUUCAGAUGGAGAGUCUUAAAAUGGAAACAGAGGUGACCGUGUCCUCCUCAUUGAGCGUGGUCUCAUCCUCCGCUACCCAGACUACGAUCUCUCAGGCCAACCUGGCAGCGAAGCAGAGAGACGGCAGAAAAACUGCAGCCACGACUCCCUCCUUCCUCUCCAACCUGGGGAGAGCCACCCUGCGGGGGAUUCGCAAGUGUCCGCAGUGUGGUGUCUACAACGGCACCCGCGGGCUCAGCUGCAAGAACAAAGCCUGUGGGAUUUCCCUCCGAAAUGCUUCUUCCACGGCUGGCAGGAAAAGCAAGAAAUGCGGGGUGGAGGUGGUGAAAGUGAUAAUAGACAGUGAGGAGAGUGUCGGGAAGGAGGGUGGAGGAGGAGUCCUGGGCGGUGGCUCAGGUGGAGGAGUUCAGGUGUUUUCAGUGAGUCACAAAGGAAGAGGAGCCACAGCCUCACAACUGGGCUUUGUUGAACUCGUCCCCACUGAUACGGCUAUAGCUACAGGAGACGGUGCCACCCUGCUAACUCGCAUCAACCUGGGGCGCUGCUUCUUGCCCUCAUGCAGGCAGGGUCAAAGGUCAAAUCAGGGUGAGACAGAAUCAGCUGUGGCUGGUUCAAAACAGUCCUCCGACAGCCUCUGCGUUCACAUUAAACAAGCGAUUGAGUGUCGGAGUCGCGCAAUGCCACUGACCUUGAAGAGCUCCGUGCUGGAGGGUCUGCAGGCCUCCAUUCAAGCCAAAGAGGAGCUGUGGAGUCUGGCCACGGAGUCUCCAGGCCCCCUGGUGCAGCGCGUAGCAAAAGACACCCUGGUGGUCAAGUGCCACACAGAUUCCCAGCAUCCUUUGGGGCUGCUGCAUCUUACUGUAGGAGCAGGUGGACUGUCUGAGGUUAAGAGCGAGGGGAAGGGCAGAGAGCAGCACACAGUGUGUCACUGCGCCUGUCAGGCCAGCAGCAGCAGGAGAGGUAAACCUGGUGCUGAUGGAGGAAGUGGAGCAUCCACCAACCCUCUUCCUCCGCCUCCCAGCUCCCAGCCCUGCCUUCACUUCUACGCCUGUGUGUGUGCCUUUGCAAGUGAUGAGAAACUGGCGACAGAGUUUGCUGCUUUCAUCAACUACACCCCUAAUGGUGUGCAGCAACACACCACCAGUAGACUCUUCAGUCUCAGUGAGAAGCCUCUGCAGCAGGUUGAACCCUUCAUCUCUCAUCAUACAACAAAGAAGCUUUGCCUGGAUGAUUCUCUCUCUGCCCCCUCAGUGGCCUCUCUCUCUGGGUUGGGGAUGGAGGCAGUGUCAGCCCCCGGCCUGAGGAAAGCUGGUCAGAGGAAAGCCCCUGGUGCUGGGGGGCUGAAGGCUCCAGGGAGUACGCAGGCUGUGGAUGAGCGUACGGUGACGAUGGGCUUCCAGCAGUGGCUUGCUAGCGUCACAGAGAGGAUCCACCAGACAAUGCACUUCCAGUUUGAUGGGAAACCUCAGCCUCUGGUGUACCUUGUCCCCCAGGAGUUCUUCAACGCUCUGCAGCAUCGCCUGUCUCUGGGCUCCAAGAAGAGGAGGCUGCCCAACUUUACAACAGCGUUUGUGAGGAAUGAUGGGCUUCCUCUCGGCUCCUUCUCCAAGUACACCUGGCACAUCACCAAUCUCAUGCAGGUCAAACGUAUCUUUGACACCUCAGAGCUGCCUCUGGAGCUCUCCCAGAGUUUUGUGAAAAACGCUGACGGCUCGUAUUCACGUUUUCACUGCCCUGAGCCUCUGCCUGAACCAGAACUACCAGAUGGAUUCAGAACAGAUCGCCCACAGGUUAUACGACCGAUGGAGCUCCGAACCUUCCUCAAAGUUGGACCAGCGGAUCAGAAGGAUGCCAGUCCGUUUGUGAUCGAGUGGAUCCCUGAUGUCCUGCCUCGCUGUCAGAUGGGAGAGCUCAGGAUCAGCUUCGAAUUUGGACACCAGCAGAGCGGUCAACAGGAGAACGGUGACAAAACGAGUGUGGCAGAGAAGGGAGGUCGUAAUAAAUCAGAAUCAACCCAACCCAAACUCUCAAAGGCUGCUGAAAUCCUUCAGAUGGUUGUGAAGUGACAGUAAUCAGUGUCGAACCUGCAAUAGUCCAUUUUAACUGCCUCUCUGCGAUGAAAAAUAUGGAUUAAUAUGAUGCAUUGACUUAUAUCUGACCUACCACAUACAGUGGAGGAAAUACGUAUUUGAUCCCCUGCCAAUUGAGUUAGUUUGCCCACUUACAAAGACAUGAACAAUCUGUCAUUUUUAUGGUAGGUUUAUUUUAACAGAUUAUCAAAAAUCCUGAAAUGUAGAUUAAAAAAAAGAUAUAAAUUGAUUUGCGUUUAAUUAGGGGAAAUAAGUAUUUGAUCCCCUUGAUCCAACAAGAAUUCUGGCUCCCACAGAGUGGUUAAAUAAGUCCUCUCGCUUUCAGAAAGUACUCCUGAUGUCAACUCUUUACCUGGAUAAAAGACACCUGUCCACAGUCAAUAAAUCAGAUUACAACCUCUCCACUGAGGGUUAGACCAUAGACAGGUCUUGUGAUUAUGGUGGAACUAAUGUCUAGGCCACAGGGACAAGAUUUUAGACCAGCACAAGGCUGGCAUAGUAGACAAACCACCAGCAAGCAGCUUGGUGAGAAAGAGACAAGUGGUUUGAUUAUUAGAAGAUAGAAGAAGCACAAGAUGACCAUCAAUCGCCCUCGAAUUGGGUCUCCUCCAUCUAAGAAGGUGAUGUGGUCAGAUGAGACCAAAAUCCAGAUCUUUGGCAUCAACUCAACAUGUCGUGUUUGGAGGAAGAGAAAUGCUAGCUAUUACCCCAAGAACACGUCCCCAGCAUCAAGCAUGGAGGUGGAACAUCAUGCUUUGGGGGGGUUUCUCUGCUAAGGGGACAGGGCGAUUUACCGCAUCGAGGGGAUGAUGGGGGGGGCCAUGUAUCAUAGAAUAUUGGCUGAUAACCUCCUUCCUCUAAAGCAUGUUUUGCAAGGGGAUCAAAUACUUAUUUCCCUUAUUAAUUUAUAUAUUUUUUUAAUGUAUAUUUCUAGAUUUCUCACUGUGAAAAUAAACCUGCCAUAAGAAUUGUGUUCAUUAAAAAAAUGACAGACUGUUCAUUUCUUUGUAAGUGGGUAAACUAACUAAAUUGGCAGGGGAUCAAAUACUUAUUUCCUCCACUGUAUAUAUUUAUUUAAUAUUAUGCAAUGUGUGGAUAAUCAUUUGCCAUAUCAAUGACAGUAUGAUAUUGAUCAGCAUUAUUUUUAGACAAACUUUUCUGUUAACAACUCCUCAUACUGCCUUUUCUACUCAAUGCUAAGUAUUCAUUGAAUCAAACUCACAGAAACUACAGAAAAGUUGAAUAUUUUGGGAGAAAUUGCUUCUUAUUUAAACACAAUAAGAUGGAUCAUACAACCAGAGAAAAGUCAAACAAAUAACUAGUACUUAAAAUAAGACAUUUUAAUGAACAUUCUAAUAUACUACAGAUGAAAACGUUUCUUCAAAUGGGAAAAGACAUUCACUAUUUCCUAACCUUUCCUUAAGGUUUAAAGACCUCCAUUUAAAAAACCCCAAGGAAGAUGUUUUUUCUUCUGUGUAAAGCAUAAAGGAAAUAAAACACAUUU